GCGCCGGCCGCCAGUGUCCGCGUCGCAGUCAUGGAGAGAGGGACGCUCGCUCGCAUCGUGCUGGCACUGGCCGCCGCCGCCUCCGCCGCGCACGCGCAGCAGGGCUACGAGGAGUGCGCCAAGUACGCGGAGGCGGUGUACAGGUACGAGAAGACGUUCCACAUCCCGCCGCAGACGGUGAAGGUGGAUCAGUGCGCCAUCAAGGGCGUGCCGUUCAUCGUGGGAGGCGAGCAGGCCAGCUCCGACGAGUUCCCGCACAUGGCGCUGUUGGGCUACGGAGACAACGCUCAGCAGCCCGAGUGGGCGUGCGGGGGCUCCCUGGUGAGCGAGCGCUUCGUGCUCACCGCCGCCCACUGCAUCUUCACUUCGCUGGGCAGCCCCAAGGUGGUGCGCCUGGGGGAGCUGAACCUGAAGACGACCAAGGAGACGAACAGGCACGAGGACUUCGCCGUGGCGCAGAGCAUCCCGCACCCCGAGUACAAGGACGGCGUCUACUACAACGACCUGGGGCUGCUGCGCCUGGCCAGGGACGCCACCUUCACCGCCUCCAUCCGGCCCGCCUGCCUGCACACCACCAAGGAGACGGGCGCCGAGGCCAUCGCUAGCGGGUGGGGCUACACCGACUGGGGUGAGGCCAGCCACUCAAUACCUACACCUGAAAUCACUGAACAUCUUAUGAAAGUGAAACUACCCAUUCAGAAGACAGAAAUCUGCAAGAACUCGUACAAGACCCUGGCUACAACAUCUCGCCUUCGAAAUGGCAUCUCUGAAGAUUCAAUGGUGUGCGCGGGAACACUACAAGGUGGCAAAGAUACAUGCAGGGGUGACUCGGGCGGACCUCUCCAGAUGAGGAUGACAACGCAGUACUGCAUGUACAGCCUGGUGGGCGUCACUUCCUUCGGGAAAGGCAACUGCGGGACCAGCAAGUCUCCGGCCAUCUACACUCGCGUCUCGUAUUUCGUGCAGUGGAUUGAGAGCGUGGUGUGGCCCGACGAGAAGUAAAGAUGCAGAGACAAAGCUGUUGGCAGUGACUAAGUGGCGAUUAUAACAGGUUAUGGAAGGAACUUUAAUAUUUGGAGACUGAUGUACUCGUGAAAUCUUGAUGUUUUAAGUGUGUAUUGUAACAAAUAUGUGAAUGUGAUUAUUUAUUUAUGUGUGUCGAAUAACUAGUCUGUAAUAAAUACAAUCUUUAAUUAGUAAAAAUUACUGUAUGCCAAUUAUCAUUGUAGAUGUAAAUGACAAGCAUUUGUCAAAACAAUGAACUAAUUUCAUUGACAAUUCAGUAUCUAGACGCUCUCACAUACUUCUAAUUUUAAAUCAAAUAAUUCGAAGAUAUACAACCUCUAAUAAAAAUGUGGAUUUUUUAUUUUGGAAAAAAAUCACAGAUCAACAGCGGAAAAGUAUUGUAUAAAUGUUUUGGUGAACUUUACGUUACCCUUAAGUAAAUUUCCAUGGAAAAAAUUCAUAAUUAAAAGAAUACCUGACCUUGUAGAUUUUUUAAAAAAAAUUACACUGAAAUAAGCAGGUUCAGUUUAAAAAAUAGAUUCAGAAAUGUUAUAUAAAUAGUGUAAAUGUUUCUUAAGAUGGAAUAUAAAGAAUGUAAUUUUAUAUAAAAAUAUUAUGUACCGGAAAAGUGGGUCCAGCGAGACAGUAAAAACCGCCAGACAUUUAGUAUAAAUUUGAGGAAGAUUUGGGUUGAGUGGUUAGUAGUAUACCUAAUGGGGAUAUUUUAGACAUUUAUGUAUACUCUGUGCUUCCUAUGUUGCUGUUUCAAGACUGCUGCUGAGUUUCUGUUAAAAUAUUUCAUUGUUCAGAGAUAAGAGAGUAAUUUUUUACUUAAUUUCUACUACAUUUCUUUCAGUAAGACGUGCAGUAUUGAUCGAAUUUCAUUCUAUAACCCGAAAGCACGUAAUUUCAACAAAAUACUGAUCAUGUGGAUAUGAAUAUUAUUACCAAUUAUGAAUCUAGAAGGUCACUUAGACAUGUUAUGCAUUUGGGAACAGUAAACAAACACAUGUUAGUCAUUAUUAUUACUCAUUGUAUUACAAAUACAUUAUGUAUGUAUUUGGGAACAGUAAAACAUUAAAGGAGGAGAAACAAUGAGACAUAUCUCACUGUUCCCAAUGUAUGAAUUUUUCAUUCUGAUUACUUGUGAUUCGCUUCAUAAACUAAGUUAACAGUAUUCAUAAAUCAUUAAACAUAUAUACUAACGAUGUCGAAAACAUGGAGAGACCGCUGAUCAUAGUUGAUUAUGUUUUAGUGGAGUUUAAGACAACAAAACAAUAAUACAUUAUAUACGGAAAAUUCUGUCUGUAAAUGAGUCAUUUGAAUGUCUCAUUCUGACUCAACAAACUGACCAAAGUUAAUACAAAAUUUGAAUGCGAAGAAAUUUUUAUAGGAAAAGUUUGAAACUAGAAAACAAGUUUGUAAUGCCUGUUGUUCUGGACAUUUCUUUCCUUGACAAGGAAUUAAUAAAAAGCUGUUGCCUAACCUCACAACACAUUGGAAGGCAAAAAGAACAAUCUGCUAUUUCAUUUCAUAUAGGUUUUUCUCAUUGUUCUUACUAGUCACAUCUCACUCUUCCAAUCAUUAGAUUCUCAAUGGUACAGCGAGGCAAUUUAAUUUUCAAAUUUUUAAUGCUUUUGCAAUUGAUUGUGGUAAAUCGGUUAAUGUAGUCAGAUAUAUGCCAUGAAUUGCACAAAAAAUUGAGAAGAUACAAUAUUUUCUUUCAGUGUCCAAUUUAUUAUUAUUUUUUUGCGUUUCACCGCUUCCACUUUUCCCCUAUACCAAAGUCAUUAUUUAGACACAAAUUUCUAGGUAAUCCCUAAUUUUUCAUGUAAUUAGAAGAUUUAGAAGUUGCUUCUUUAUCCAAGGUUCGCCUGCAAUUUCCAUUAUGAGUUGGAUUUUGUUGUUGCAAUCACGGUGAAAUUCCGUCCUUCAGAGAUUGUAUGAACGAUCGACAAAUGUUAAUGCAAACUUCUGUAUUGGAAGGAAACAAAUAUAUGUUUAUUGAUUUAUACAUAAAUACACAUAUGUAUUUAUAUUUCGUGUACGAAAAAGUGAAAAUAUUGAACAACAAAGUCAUGAUCAUUAUAAAUUACGAGCGUUUUUAAGUUCAGGAAUGAAAAACCACCCUUAAAAUAGUCUGUCAGUAAAGCCAGAAAAAUACUGCAUAAACCAGA